AGCGUGAAAAUACAAUUACUAUGCCUAAAAAAAUACCAAAUGGCAAUAAUCUGAAACAGCCCUAUCUAAAACAGCCGUAAAAGGAAAGCGUAAAACAAGAGUACGCCGCGGCGCCACUGCCGGCCCUCACCGCGGCGAACAUCCCGAUGAGUCCGGCGCUUGCCCUGGCGGUGGCGCUCCAGGUCAUCUCUUGUGCUGCUGCGGUGGCAUCGCCGGAGCCGGUGCCGGCGCUGAUCCUGCAGCGUUCUCUGCCGCUCAGCGGGACGCACCUGGAGCGGCUCAAGGAGCACGAUCGGUCGCGCCUGGCGAGGAAGGGGAAGAAUGGUGCGGCGGCUGCGGGUUUCUACCUGGACGGGAUGCCCGGGUUGUAUUAUGCCCAUGUGAAGUUGGGGACUCCAUCCAAGGAGUACUCUCUUCAGUUCGACACCGGAAGUGACGUCUUGUGGGUCUCUUGCACCCCAUGCACCGGCUGCCCUACAUCAACGGAGCUCAAUAUCACGUUGGAGUUUUAUGACCCAAACUCUUCUUCAACGUCAUCCAAGAUGUUAUGCUCCGACAAUAGGUGUACCUAUGCCCUCGAAACAGGGGCGGCGGUCUGUAAUCCCUCAGACUCCAGAAGCAGCCAAUGCGGUUACACUAAUACAUACGUCGAUGGAAGUGCUACGUCAGGAUACUAUGUGUCUGACACCCUUCAUUUUGACGCCUUCAUGAGAAAUGAGCAGGGUGUCAGUUCUUCAGCCUCAGUGUUUUUUGGAUGUAGCACCUCGCGGUCAGGGAACCUGCACACUGAUGGAAUUAUUGGAUUUGGAAAGAAUGCUAUAUCUGUAAUUUCACAGCUGAAAACUCAAGGGAUGUCCCCUAAAGUAUUCUCCCAUUGCCUGAAAGGCUCAAAAGAAGGUGGAGGCAUUCUUGUUCUUGGUGAACUUGUAGAGCCAGGACUUGUAUUCACGCCACUUGUUCAAUCACAGAAAGAAUUUUUCCCUGGAGUUACAUCGAUUAUGGAAUUUUAGAGUCAAGAAUUUAUGGAGGAUAGAAAUUGGUAGUGCAAAUGUAAUAACAGAUUUGACCAAUAUCCAAUGUGCAAAAUCGCAUUGCCUUGUCUUCAUUUA